GCGAAUUAAAAUUUUUCUCUUUUUUUUUUUUUUUCCUGGAAUUGGUGCAAAUUCUAGGGUUUUUGGGUUUUGAUUGAGGAAAGGAUGAGUGAAUUGAAGAUGGAAGAAAUUUCGUUACCAGCGUUGUUUGAGCAAGCUCGGAAGAUCCAUCUGGCGGCGACGGAGUCCGGUGCUGAUCAGGAGCUCGUUCGGAAAGGAUGCGAAGUGCUGGAGAAGUGCGACGACAUGGUUAGUAAGCUGGGGUUGUUCUCAGCCAAUGAGACCAAAGACGACAUCAGCACCGCCAAUCUCAAGUAUAUCCUGGUUCUAUAUUAUCUUGGAGAGCUGAAUGAAAAACUUGCCGGGGAUGACAGGGUACAGAUACUUAAAACUUCGCAGGCAAAAUUGAAGGAGUUCCUUACUUUUUGCGAGGCAAUGGAACUUGUACCAGAAGAGGAGUUGCAAGCAUCUGCUCAAGGGGGUGCAAAUUCUUUUGUUGAGAGAAGAGCCCUUAAGAUUGCUCGGUUCAAACGCCAAAUAGCUGCUGAAGCUAAGUUGACAGAAAUAAGGGAGAGGAAGGAGCGCCGUGGACGUUCAACAAAAGCUGCUGCGUUAUCCACUCCUGUUGAGGCUGAAGAGGAAGAUUUGCUAGAUGAUGAUGGAGAGGAAGAAAGGGAGGCUUGGCUUACUACCAUCUCUUUGGCCACUUGUAAGGCUUUUGAUCUACUUGAAAUGCUUAAGAAGGAAGAAGAAAUGCUUUCUGCUAUAAAGGAAAUACAAGUAAAGGAAGGGGACAAGGAAUUUUCACAAGAUGCACUUGAUGAUCGGACCAGGAAAGCAGAAGCAUGGCAUCGUGAUGCUGCAGCUCGUGCACAUUAUACUAAACCUGCACAGCCUAUCACAUGUGCCACAUUUGCACAAGAUGUUCUAGAAGGAAGAGCAAAGGUCUCACAGGCACAUGACCACAAACACCAGCCUUUGAUAUUUGGACCUCAAAGCCUUGUGGGUGGAAGCCUAACAAGUGAGAGGGAAAGAAUGGCUGCACAAGUUUUCCAGCCUGGUCAUAGGUUACCAACCAUGAGUAUAGAGGAAGCCGGUCUUAGGGAAAUGCAAAUGAUGAAUAAUUGGCAGGAAAGAACAGCUAAGAUGAUGGAAGACGCUAAUUCCGCUUGGUAUAAGGACAAUCAGAAGUUGGGACCAAAUGAAGAUGACGACGAUGACGAUGAUGCAGCCCAAGAGAAAGCAAGGGCAUGGGAUGACUGGAAAGAUGAUAAUCCUCGAGGUGCUGGCAAUAAGAAGCUUACCCCUUGUGGGUAACUAGGUUUAUUAUGUACUCUUUCAAAAAAAAUCAAUUAAUGGCAGAAUCAGCUACCAGGAGCAUCACUUAAAUUUUUACAUUUUAGUACAUUUUGGGUCUCAUUGCUUUCUUAGUUUUUGUGGUUUGACAUUUAGAAGACUGUAUAAUAUCAGACAGACAUUAGAAACCCGUCCUGUUCCUUUUUGUCUGCACGUACGAUUGACAAAUUCUCGAAUAGAGAGUCUAUUUAUUG